UCUGUUGCGAAGCUCUGCAGAUUCCAGAAUGAACAAGAAAGUUUUUGAAUUUUCUCUCUCUCUCCUGGUUCCCUCCUUCCCUCCCUCUCUGGAUUCCCAGAACGACAAAGAAAGUUCUUGAAUUUUCCUCUCUCUCACUCCAUCUGUCUCGUCUCUCUCUCUUCUGCGGGCUGGAGGUCAGGAGGGGAGUAAUGGCGCCUUUAAGAACGCCCCUGGGAAUUAAUGACAUUUACGGCGGUGCCACUCUCUUCUCGUGGGUCUACUUCCUCCGGCCUCACGAGGUCACCCCUCGUUUAGGGCUAGGGUUUAGGGUUUCUCUCUCCGUCUUUCUCGCUCCUCUUUCAAAUGUCGUCAUGGACAUCGAAGCUUCAAUUUCGCAGAGUCGGCUACUCUCUCCCUGUCCGUCUCUCUUUGCUCUUUGUGUUCUCUCUUCAGCUCUGUGAUGGUGUGUUUGAAGAAAGGAGAAGACAUUGUUGGGAUUCCAGUUCCUUUUAGUGGGUCCUGAGAGUUGCUUUUGUAGUGUAUUUAGAAACUUCAGUUUUCUUUCGAUUUGAUCUUUUCAGCAUGUCGGAUGGGCGGCGUCAUUCGGUUGAUAUUCCUAUCUCAAAAGCCCUGUUAGCACUUAGGAGAGUUAGGUCACUAAGGGACCCUACCACCAACUCUUUGGACAAAUUCUAUGCCCCGCCUGACACUCUGAAUUGGGAAACAAAUUCAAAUGAUGGAAUUUCUCUGAAAUUUGUAAAUGGUUGCCAAGAAGGCUGCCCAGAUGACAACAUUCAUUUGGGGUCUAAAAGUAUUCAUACCAAUGGAGAAAGAGAAGAAACUGUUGGUAGUUAUGAACUCAACGAUUUGUCAAAAGCCGACCCGAAGCUAAUCUCAUGGGAGAAUUCUGAUCGGGUAAGAAACACUGGCUCUACUUUGAUGAGGACCAAACAAGGUGAAGGUUCAGAAUAUUGUGGAUCAAACAAUGGAGAAAUGUGUGGAUGCAAAUCAUUUGGUGAAAGAUACUGUACAGAUCAUAGAGACAAAGGAUGGGACUUGACAUGCAUCACACCUUCCAGUGAUCGGUUGGAGGAUGUGAUUUCAUGUGACAUAGAAUCAUUUCACGUAGAAAGGAUGGACCAUAAUCGAUCCAAGCGGAAAUUAAAAUACAAAAACCAAAUUAAGUCUUCAUGGGCAGUUGGAGAUGUAUUGAGUCGCGUGGGCAGUCCAUGCUUAUCUGCUAGUGAUGCUCUGUUGGAGAGGUCAAGCCAUAGCUCCUCAUUAAUUGCAAAUGAUCGGGUUGAUGAUGAUCACAGUCAUCUUGGAUGUGGGAUAAGAUGCUGCUGGUCAAGAACCCCAAAAUUUCGACAGUUGAAUUUUCCUUAUGAUUCAGAAGAUCGCCCAUUGUUAUCAGGGGAAGUGGAUGAGAUUGUACUAUCUAGGCAGAGAAGGGGCUGUAAAAGCAUCAACAAUGAGAUUAUUCCAUGUUCAGAUAGUCCCAGGACCCUCAGUCAAAAAUUCAUGCCAAGGUCUUUCAGUGAGCUGGUGGGACAAAGUGUGGUGGCAAGGUCUCUUUUGAGUGCAGUAUCAAGAGGAAGGAUAACCUCCUUCUACCUUUUCCAUGGUCCUCGUGGUACAGGAAAAACAUCGGCCUCAAGGAUAUUUGCAGCUGCAUUGAAUUGUCUCUCACUCGAGGAACAUAAGCCAUGUGGUCUAUGCCAACAGUGUGUUUUGUUCUUUUCGGGAAGGAGCGGAGAUGUCAAGGAAGUGGAUUCCAUGAGAAUCAAUCGGAUGGACAGGGUUAGAAUUCUCAUGAAGAAUGCAGCUUCCCCUCCAGUAUCCUCACGGUACAAGGUCUUCAUUAUUGAUGAGUGCCAGUUGUUGCGAGGGGAAACAUGGGCAACUGUUCUGCGUAAUCUUGAGUGCAUUCCUCAACACGUUGUUUUUGUAAUGAUCACUGCUGAUCUGGAUAAACUGCCAAGAAGUGUAGUGUCACGGUCCCAGAGGUACCACUUCCCAAAAAUAAAAGAUGCUGACAUUGCAAGCCGAUUGGGGAAAAUCUGUGUUGAAGAAUGUCUUGACUUUGACCAGGUUGCUUUAGACUUCAUUGCUGCUAAAUGUAAUGGUUCACUUCGGGAUGCAGAAAUGAUGCUUGAUCAGCUGAGUUUGCUUGGUAAAAGAAUCACUAUUUCCUUGGCGCAUGAACUUAUUGGAAUUGUCUCUGAUGAUGAGUUGCUUGAUUUGCUUGAUCUGGCUAUGUCAUCUGACACGACAAAUACCGUUAGAAGAGCCAGGGAGUUGAUGAGAUCAAGGAUUGAUCCUAUGCAACUAAUUUCGCAACUAGCAAAUCUCAUAAUGGACAUUCUAGCUGGAAAAUGUCAGGAUGGAGCUUCUGAAGUCAGAAAGAAGUUUUUCGGAAGGUGUACUUCUGAAGCAGAUUUGCAGAAACUUAGCCAUGCAUUGAAAGUGCUCUCUGAAACUGAGGAACAGCUGAGGACAUCCAAGAAUCAGACAACUUGGCUCACUGUAGCUCUUUUACAGUUGAAUUCUGUGGAGGGCUCUUUUUUGGACGUGAAUGAUUCAAGAGUGUGGCUGGGAACAGUGUCCCAGAGAGAUGGUGAUUUUUGCUGCACAUCAUCCACAGGGAAGAGCUCUGAACAUUUCACUGGUGCGUGUGAUGAAAAUAAAUUGAAUCAAUUGGGGAUGCAGGAGGAUUGUAAAGGGACACUGGAAUCUAUUUGGAGAAGGGCCACAGAGAUGUGCCAAUCCAAUUCACUUAAGAACUUUCUAAGAAAACAAGGGAAAUUGUCAUCUGUUUGUGUUAACCAAGGUCUGGCAAUUGCUGAAUUGGAAUUCUCGCAACCUGAUUAUGUGUCCAGGGCCGAGAAGUCUUGGAAGCUUAUUGCAAGUUCGCUUCAGUCUGUACUGAAUUGCAAUGUGGAGAUAAGGAUCAAUCUUGUACCGUGUGCAUCUGUGGGAAAAUUUUUGAAAGCAAAGAAGUCGUCAUUCAGUUUCUUUGGUUGUUCCCGCCGAAUGCUACGUAAGUCAUCAUCAUUGACUGAAUGUGGAAUUAAUCAGUCAGAUUGUUCUGAUAUGGCCUCUGAAAAAGGCAUGAUAAAGAACAAAAUGAUAGAAACCUGUUCCUCUGACCGUGGGUCACAAAUCUUGCAUGUCUGCUAUCACAGAAGGGAAGUGGCAGCGACCAUAAGAGAUGGUGAAGGAAAUGCACUAAGCACUGGAGCAGUAUUUCCUCCUAGAUUAUCACGAGAUGAUAUGAUGAAGGUGCUUAGUUCACAAAUUGAUUCUUUUAAGGAAGUGGGACGUGAUUCUGGAGGCCAGAUCCUAUAUGUUCAAGAACCAGAGAGGCAGCCAAAUUGUUUCUCCAGAUCUGUGAGAUUUCAUAAAAGGUUAUGUUCAUCUGAACGUUCUAAGACGGUCUGUUUGGGGACCCAACCAGAAGACAAGAUUGCACUGUCUAUCCCUAGGAAGAAACCUAUUGAUGCAUAUUUUUGUGCUAACAAUUCCUAUAAUUUCUGCGGCAGCUCUAAUACCUGCACCAACAGCUGCUCUGGUGAUGAAGAUGGACCAAGGGAUGAUUCAAAGGUGCAUUGUUGGAGUACUCCCACAUUUCCCCUUCGGAAGGUGCGGCAGUCGAACCAUCCAGGGCAAAGAUCACAUUUGGUGGCGUGGGUUCUGCCCUGUGCAGCUGCGAAAUAGUUUAUAAUGUUGCUGAGAUUGCAGUUAUCUGAGGGGGCUGAAUGGGAACCUUGGAUAAAUUUAUGCUGUACAUAUUUUUUGUAAGUGUCAUUUUAUACUAAACUUCAUGUUUUUUGUAUCUUCAAAAUAUUUUUGUAAUACUUCUAUGCCAAAAACACAGCAAUUUAAUGUAUACAUAGUUUUUUGAACCA